AUGAAAGAGACGAAAAUAGGAGAUUACACUAUUGUUGAUCACAGUUAUGAUACAGUUGUUGUUGGAGCAGGCGGAGCAGGCCUCCGAGCUGCAUCCUGUCUGGGCCAAAAUGGUCUACGUGUGGCCGUUGUUACAAAGUUGUUUCCAACACGUUCACAUACUGUGGCUGCACAAGGCGGAAUCAAUGCAGCAAUUGGUAGUAUGAAUCCUGACAAUUGGAAAUGGCACUUCUAUGAUACAGUCAAAGGAAGCGACUGGUUAGGUGAUCAAAAUGCCAUACAUUACCUAACAAAAGAUGCUGUACGUGCAGUGACCGAACUUGAAAAUUUCGGCAUGCCAUUUUCUCGAACUGCUGACGGCAAAAUUUACCAACGGUCUUUCGGUGGACAAAGCAAUGAUUUCGGGAAAGGUGGAGUCGCUAAACGAACUUGCGCUGUGGCGGAUCGUACGGGACAUUCAAUGCUUCAUACUCUCUAUGGUACAUCAUUACAAUAUCACUGCCAAUAUUUUAUUGAAUAUUUUUCAUUGGAUCUUCUCAUGCAGGAAGGAAGGUGUGUUGGAGUGAUUGCAAUCAAUUUGGAAGAUGGACGAAUUCAUCGAUUUAGAGCACCCUACACUAUAUUAGCCACAGGUGGAUUUGGCCGAGCAUAUUUUAGCUGUACUACCGCACAUAGUACCACAGGUGAUGGCAAUGGAAUGGUAAUUCGAGCAGGUUUACAAACAACAGACAUGGAAUUCAUUCAGUUUCAUCCGACUGGUGUCUACGGUGUUGGCUGUUUGAUAACUGAAGGCUCUCGAGGUGAGGGUGGAUACUUGGUGAACAACAAAGGUGAGCGUUUUAUGCAGAAAUAUGCGCCGAAGGCGUUAGAUCUAGCAUCUCGAGAUGUCGUGUCGCGCGCAAUGACUAUUGAAAUUAUGGAAGGUCGUGGAGUUGGCAAGGAACAAGAUCAUAUCCAUCUACAACUUCAUCACAUCCCAGCAGCUCAGUUACAUUCUAAAUUACCAGGCAAAAUUUUGUAA